AAUAAUCUUUUAUAUACUCCCUUAUAUAUUUAUCUUAUAUAUUUAUUUACGUUAUUCAAAGUUUUUACUCCAUAACAGAUAGAGGUUAAUGUUACAUGUAAAAAAUUAUUUGUAAGACAUAUCUGAGUUUCCAUGUGCUAUACUUGUGACUCAAUUUUUAAUGAAGUUUGUUCUUUCUAACUGAACUUUUUACUUGAUUCAUCUUUCUUCUUUUUUUCGUCGUGUUGAAAAAAAAAAGAAGACAGAUGAAUGACAAAAAAUUCAACAACAGUUCUGUUAAGAUAUGUUUGGUUAGUUUGGUCGGUUUCUAUUAUAGUUGUAUUUGUGAUUUAGAAACAGGGUAGAAAAUGUCAGAACCUGAGGAAAGUUUAGCAGCGCCCGAUAGUACCACAAGGGAACAGCGGGUUGGCUUUUCCCAUGGAGAUGAUGUUCUUCAACAUAGAGAUGGCAAAUAUUACCUUGGUACAGUUGUCGAGGUGGACUUGGCAAGGGAGAGAUGUCUUGUCAAAUUUCUGGACAACACAUCUUCCUGGUCGUCGUUUAAAGAGCUGACCAAAUUGGCUAUGCCAGACUCGGAUGUUAUGUGUGUUCUUUGCAAAAAAUCUCAGCCUAAGACUGACAAUGACAUUAUUGUCUGCGACAAAUGUGGCCGUGGCUAUCACCAGAUGUGUCAUCAGCCUGAAAUACCAAAAUCGGAGCCAGGUAAAGAUAUUCACUGGAUAUGUAAAAGAUGCAUAGACAGCCAGCCACGUACACGUGAAUCUUGCGAACCAAAAAAUUCUAUGGUGAAAGCAAGCAUCAGGAAAGUUUGCAGCGGUAGGGACCAACCUCAACCACCACCAGAUGAUAUGACAAAAUUGCCAUAUGAUCCUGAUAUGCUAAAUUGGGAUGCACAUCACAGAGUAAACGCUGAACAAAUUUAUUGUUAUUGUGGACUUAAUGGUGAAUGGUAUGCACAGAUGUUACAAUGCGGUCGUUGUAAGCAAUGGUUUCAUGAAAAGUGCAUCAGGUGCUUGACUUAUCCUUUGUACAGUGGAGAUAGAUUUUAUGUAUUUGUUUGUUCAAUGUGCAAUCAUGGAAAAGAAUUUGUUCGGCGUUUAGAAAUGAAGUGGGUAGAUCUGGUGCACCUGAUGUUGUACAAUCUGACUGUUUAUAAUGCUAAAAAAUAUUACGAUUUGGACACUGUUAUUAUACCUUAUGCAAAUGACAACUGGUUGACCCUACAGCUUCCACCAAGAAUCAAAGAUGUCACUGCUGAAGUACGCAGACAAUCAAUAUUAGCAGUCUUGACAAACAAUAGAAGCAGGUUCAAAUGUGGUAAAGAGAUAAAGAAGCGUACUACAAUAUGGGGCCUCCGUGUCAGACUGCCACCACCUUCUCCAUUUGUCAAUCUUCCUGCGUCCGGUGAAAUAGAUGACUCUGUAUUACGUAGAUGUUGGGCUGCUAAUAAAAGACUGCAAUAUCUUCCUCCACCAACAGGUCCGGUGAGUUUACCAGAAAGUACAAAACAAUUGAUUGCAUUGAAGCAAAAGACGGCUGAAGAUAUAGAAAUUCCUGUAAGUCCUACACAUCUAGUAAUGCGAGGUACACUUUAUCAAAAUUCAGAAGCAGAACAAAGUUCGUGUCCAAGUCCACCUCUAUUAACGGAAUCCAGUCCAUCAAUAGAAUCUUUAAGAAACAGAUAUUGCAAUAUAGGUGGCGGUUUUGUAAAAAAGUCAUUCCCAUUUCCUAAGUUGAGUGUACAAAAAAGAAUUCGACGUCUGUUAGCGCUAGGCAAUUCACGGAAAAGAAUGUUACGCAAGCAAAAGAAAAGAGAAAAGGCAUGUGGAGAUAGCACCAAGGAAAAAUCACUAGAAGACCGAGAAGCAAGAUACAGAAAAGCAAGAAUAUUACUGAAAAAUGCCAUUGCCAAGGUUAAAGAAAGAAAGUGCAAACCACAGAGUUCGGAAGCAUCCGAUUUACCCCCGACACCUCCAACUUCCGUUUCUGGACCUCCGACACCACCAGCUGCAACAUCAGGCAUGUCCGAAUUGUCCGUACCUAGUUCCGUAGAUUUGAUGCAUCCUCUACCACCCUCAACGCCUGCGGACACAAGCGGAGACGAGACCAGCUCAAGAGGAACUCUCGAUUCUUUUAUUCCGCCACCCAAAGAUUUUGAAGGAAAAAAUAAUCCAUUCAGUGAUCUGGUGGGCACGCCCUGUAGUCUUAAUCAAGCAAAUUCGAGUACGCCGUUACCUUAUAAUCAGUGUCCCAUCACCUUGCCUCUACCACUAACACCUGUGAUCUCGCAACCGCCGGUGGUGCGUCCAGCCAAGAGACAGCUAUCGGAAAAGGAUAUUAUCGUUGACAGAAACGGUCAAGUAAAACGUAGAAGGCAACAUCGACGAGGACGUCCACCUACACAGCAAGUCCAGCAACAAUUUCAGCAUACCGCCAGCAAGACAGCGGCUAUUCUACCGGCUCGUAUUAAUGAAGUUAAAAGUGAAUUUGCCAGGAAUUUAAGAAGUUCAUUUAAUGGUGCCUCGAGCAGUGCGAAUAGUCAAAUUGGAAAUUGUGUGGAUUAUGCCUUAAAUGGUAGGAGGUUAAGACAGCGACAAAGUAACGAUAAAUUACCUCCUCCCGAUCCGCAACCGCAAAGAAAAAGCAGCAUGUCUUCAUCUCCAAAGUGUUCGCCUGUAAAGCAAAGUGCGCCCGACAUAUCUCUGGAUGACUUGAAAUCAUCGGUGAAUAUUUACUUCGGUGCAGCUAAUAGAAUAGCUGCUGGUGAAAAGUUUAUCAUCAGAGCGAAGAGGAUAGGACCAAACGGUCAAUCACAAUACCUCAUCGAAUGGGAAGGACUCAAUACUUAACGGUAAAUAAUCCGCUUACUACGAAUAUAUUGCAAUCGUAUAUAAAUUUUAAGUUAAAACCAAGCGUAAGAUGGCGAUCACCUUGUCGGCAUCUUAUAAUCAAUUCUCUCAAUUUGCUUUUACAGCAAAAUGAUUGUGAUCGAUUGUUUUGCGUUACAUGCACUGCCACUUGUUACGUACAUUUCAUUAAAAUGUAUGUAUUUAUCGGCGUAGAAUAUGUGAAUGUUCUUGUAAACGUAAAUCUCUUAUUUUAUCGAAUUAUUAAUUUUAAUUAAUUAAAAUCAGUCGAAUUUUUUAAUCGGUUUUACGAAAAAUUUUUAUGCCCGAUAGAUAUCAUUGUUGAUUUUACACCGCAUGCAAAAUAAUGGACGAGAUUUUUUAAUUCAUUAAUUAAUCCAUCGCAUGAAGCACAAAUACAGCAAAGAAUUCUUUUAUUCAUUAAUGAAAUAAAUCGAUGUGUUCUUAUUUACAGCACUGAAAUCAUCACAUAUCCAUCAAAUCCAUCGACUCAUUUUGCCGAUGGACUGAUGAACUUUUCUGAUUGUAUAUUUCCUAAUCUAAAAUAUUAAUUAUUGUUACCGGUAUUGUGUAUAAUUAUUUUGAUACACAUAGAAACAAUACAAUAUUAUAAUUUGACUUAAAAAACGUAUAAAGAGAUGAAUCUUCUGAAUCUUCUUAUGAUAUUUCAUUUUUAAUUAUUUUCAAUCAAUAAUAAUGACAGAUUGUUAUUAAUUAAACACAUAUGUAAAACAUAGAAAUUGAUUUAUUAAAAAUAGCCAUUGGGAUAUAGAUUUUGAAGAAAUGAUUUGAAAU